ACAGUGUUCCGGGACUCGCACCCGGAAGCGGGAAGUAGCGGGCUGGUGACCGGAAGUGGCGUGCGGCUGGUGGUGGGAGCCGGGCGGUCGCUUGCCGCGGGCUGCUGGGAGAGCCGGGGCAGCCGCAGCGGCCGGCGGGGAGCGAGGCAGGGGCGGUGCGCGGCGCAGACUCUUCCCGGCAACCGGGGCCGCGGAGGGCGGGGGCCGGGCAGCGCUAUGGCGGAGGCGACGGCGACUGCGACAGCGGCGGCCGGUGGGAGGGCAGCCAGCGCCACCGUGACCGAGACCGUCACCAUCGAGCCGGAGAACCGCAGCCUGACCAUCAAGCUGAGGAAGCGAAAGCCGGAUAAGAAGGUGGAGUGGUCGAGCGACACGGUGGACAACGAGCACUUGGGCCGUAGGUCGUCCAAAUGCUGCUGCAUCUACGAGAAGCCGCGGGCCUUCGGCGAGAGCUCCACGGAGAGCGAGGACGAGGAGGACGAGGGCUGCGGCAACGCCCACUGCAUCCGGGGCCACAGGAAGGGGGAGCAUGGGGGCCGGGGGGGCGGCGGCUCCGGGGGGGGCAGGGGCAGCCCCCGCAAGGCCGAGCCGCCGGGCCAGGACCACGCUGCAGCCAUGCAGCACUGAGCGGC